AUGCAUCCAAAGCCAACCCGUGACAAUGAAGAAGCCUGUGCCUUGCUUUCAAACUCGGCGCAGAUAGGAAUUUUGGCUUCCGUACUUUUCCUCAUUAUUUGCUGGCUCAUCCGAGACAGUCUUAACGUGAAAGACCUGAAUGGAAAGCACGUCUUCAUAACUGGAUGUGACAGUGGGUUUGGAAACUUGCUGGCUAAACAGCUUGACCAAAGGGGAUUCCAUGUCAUCGCCGCGUGUCUAACAGAAAAGGGAAGCCGAGAACUACUAGCCUGCACAUCCCUCUCACUGAAGACUGUGAUACUGAACUUAACUGACUCCAUCAGCAUUGACAAUGCAGUGGAGUUUGUGAAACAAGAGACAGAUGGGGAGGGCCUCUUUGGUUUGGUAAAUAAUGCUGGAAGAGCAACACCGAUGGCACCCACCGACUGGAUGCAGAUAGAUGAUUUCAACACAAUUCUGGAUGUUAAUCUGAUAGGGUUGAUUGAAAUCACCCUGAAGCUUCUCCCGCUUUUGAAAAAGGCUAAAGGAAGAGUAGUCAACGUUGCCAGUGUUAUGGGUCGCUUGGCAUUUUUAGGUGGUGGCUACUGUUUGUCAAAGUGGGGCGUGGAAGCUUUCUCAGACAUCUUACGGAGAGACAUGCAGCAUUUUGGAGUGAAGGUGAGCAUAAUUGAGCCGGGAUGUUUUAAGACUGGAGUAACUAGUUCAGAGGUCAUUGAGAGAGACCUGCUAAGACUUUGGAACCAACUAACUCCUGAGGUCAGAGAAUCCUAUGGAGAUAAAUACUUUGUUGAGUAUAUAAGAGCUCAAAGAUUUUCAAUGAAAAGAUUGUGCGACUCUGACAUUUCUAAAGUCACAAAAUGCAUGGAGCAUGCCUUGAUAGCAAAAUACCCCAGGACACGCUAUGGAGCUGGAUGGGAUGCAAAGUUCUUUUGGCUGCCCCUCUCCUAUGCACCAACCCUUCUAUCUGAUAUGAUGUUGCGUAUGCUGCUUCCAACUCCAGCAGCCAGUAGGAAAUCAGUAUCCAGAGUUCAACUUGAUGUUUAAUAUUUAGUACACUAGGGUCAAUGCUAAAGUGAUGAUUGUUAUUCUUUUCAAAAUCAGCUGUUCAUUUUCCUACCUGACAGCUUUAAUUCUCUUCAGAAAACACUUUCAUUUUUAUUGAAUUUCAGUCUGGAGAAAGUUUUUCUUUGUUAUAUUCAUCAGAGAUAUAUUUGCAGUAUAACAUUCACCUGCAGAGCUGGUCAAAUAGUAUUUACCAGAUAAAAAGUUUGGUGACUUUGGGCCUUUUAUUUCCCGAAUCAGUCCUUCUAUGUGCAAAUCUAUUCUGCUCUUUAAGUUGGACCAAACGUCAGCCUAUGAAUUAUAUGAUGUUGGUAUGCAAAGUGCAACAUUGUUAAUCCAUAUAUUCUAGUGGAUAGAAUAUACAUGUUCUAUAAGAACACAUUUACUCAAGAACUGAUACAUCUAUUCAUGUUGAAUAUGGGUAUUUGAUUUGAUCAAGUUAAAGCCAUUAGAGUUCACAGCUUUGUGAAGUUCAGUGGCUGGUGUGCAUGAUUCAGUCAAAGUAAGCCCCUAGCAUUUGAAAAAUAUCCACAAAAAGUUAAUUCCAGUGCUCAGCUACAUCUAUGCGCCUAUUUACCAUUCAAUAUGCAGCUACUAUAGUGGGAAUAAUACACAGGUUAUUUCAACAAUAUGUAAUAUAAGUGACAAGCAAUCAAAGACAACUGUUAUCCAUUACCACAAUAUUUAUACAUUACCCUGAUUCCUAAUUUUAGUGUAGUUUUAUCCAAAAAGUAAUACAUAUGUACAUGAUGCCUUUUAUCCUGAGGGAUCCCAAGGGGUCUUGCAUUUCACCCCAUGCUAAUUUUGUGAAGCAGAUCAUUUUGUUUAUGCUGUCAUCGAUUAAUAUUACUAUAUGCAAUGCACUAAGCAUGGUGAAAUACCACUUGCUAAGUGCACUAUAGGUUUUUUCCCUGAUAAGCCGCUGGCAAGUAGCUGACAUGAUGUUGUGCAUGAUGGUUUGAAAAUUGAUAGGGUAAAGGUUUCAUUUACUAGAGAUUUGAGUUGCUGAUUAAUGAUUAAUAUCCAGGUCAAUUAAGUUUACAAAAAUAUCACAGCAAGUCAGAACUUAGAAUAUGUGUGUGUGUUUGUGAGAAAUUAAAGUACUGCACUCAGAGUCUACUCUCUACCAGAGGAAGCAAAUUCAUUUUACCUCAUUUGAUGAUAAUCACACAUUUAUAAAUAUUUUUCCCCGUCUGGUCUGAUGGCUUGAAAGAGCCUACAUCUGAGAGAAACUAAUGUCAUUUAUCACCCUAACAGUGGCAGAUUACAAAGAGAGAUUGAAAGUUCAUAGAAAAUGAGCCAUCUUUCAAACAUCAGUCUAGUGUUCAGAAAGGCAACAAGGGAUGGGGAUCAUAAAGUGAAAGAAAUCAGAGAAUAAAGCUGUGAACAAAAACCUUAAAGCCUCUGCUGGACUGAGUACCAUAGCUACUCUCCAUUCAUUGACUCGUGGAAGGGAGGGGAAGCCUUUGCUAUACCUUUUAUUGCGGAGGAGAGGAAGCCCAAACUGGUGCCUGGGGGUCCCUCUGCCAGAAAAAGAAAGUUGUUUUUUUUAAAUCAUGAGCAAACAUAUGCACUAUAUAAACAGUACAGCCCUGAAGAGACUACAUUUUAUUUGUGUCUGAUAACUUACAAAUCUUGUGAAAAAAACAGUUACUAUAUAUUUAAAGUGAACAUGAGGUUUAGCAGUAGAUUUUCAGCACAGCUGAAGCUUUAUGUCUCUGGGUAUAAUUUGCAAAAUUGACACCUGCAUUUUUUAUGGGUGCAAAGGGAGGCCAGAUUUGGGAAACAUAGGCCUCAAUAUCAUCUCUCUCUCUAAAAAUUCAAGUAUAAGAACUUUGUGGGUUUGAGGUAGUUCUUUCCUUCAAAAAAAAAAGAAGAAGCCAAUUUUAAAAAAACAUCUUAUUUUGUAAACUGUUCCACGGAUCACUAGGAACAUCUUAAAGUAAAGCACUGGGGUAAAAUGGAGUUACCAAGCCAUUAUUUGUUUUGCUCUGGUCUGUACUGCCUGAAUAGUCUUAAAGCACUAACUACACUCCCUAUGUCCUAUUCCACCACAAACUGAGCUCAGUGUAAUGGCUUGGAAAGAUCCUCUUUGAAGUAGUCCCUUCUUUGGUAGUUCCAAAAUACUGAUCAGAGACAUUAUAACAGAACUAUGUACUUGAAAAGGUUUACAAAUCUGAAGCCAGAUCCUCAGCUAGUAUUAACUGGUGUAGCUUAGUUGAAGUGAAUGGAGUUACACCAAUAUAUACCAGCUGCCAAUCUGGCCCCUGAUUUUACAGAAUAAGAGAUAUACUGGACAUGCUUACACAGGUUCAUUUGUAAAAUGCAAUUUAUUAUACAAUUUUUGUGCAAAAGACACUGUUCAUAACUUUUCCAGGAUGUAACAAUUCUUAUGUAUUGUAGGAUAUUGCAUUAUUCUUUAAAUUGUGAAUAAAAUGUAUCAUAGAAAAGUUGUAAAAAUGAUAAUGAUUUACAACAUUCCAAGCCAACUUUGGGGUGAGGUGCACUCAUGCACUAAGUUAAAACUGCAAGCAACUUAUGCAUGAACGGAGUACAUCUUCUGAAUCACGCUUCGGUGCAAAUCUGCACCAUCAUUAAAAUCA